CCCACACGGUGCAAUAUCUUUUGCUUUUUCGCUCUCGAACAUGCAAUGUUGAUAAAAUGGCCAUUGUCGGGCAUGGUCCUUCUCAAUCAACCUGUGAAGACUGCUAUGGUGUUCAGAUCACUCCCUUGUCCGAUAGGACAGCUGCACCAGCCGUUCAUAUUCAAAUAACCGGUCGGUAUGCUUAUCAAGGCGUGUUAUUUCUCGUCAGAAACAUGGCCACCCAUAAAGUAGUAGGCGAGUUUUUCAACUUUGAUGAAAACUUAUUCACAUCCGUUGCUUGCGAUGAUGAUGAAGAGCCCGACUUCAACGAAAUCGACAUCGACAAAUAUACAGUAUUAGGACAUAUUGAUCCAAAGUUGAAGGAAUGGCCGGUCCACUUGGACUGGAUGAUGACGACGGAUGCACUCAACAACUCAGUCACCGAAUUGGAGUUACAAGGCAUGGUAGUGGUAAGACAUCUUUAACGUGUGUUGACUCCAGAAGACAAAGAAGAAAAAGCCUCCGUUCUGAGCGCGGGCUAUUUUGUUUUUAGUUGGAUUACGACAAUUUUCAUAUACUUCCACAAACCAGAUUCAAAAUUAAGCAGAAAAUUAUCAAGUCCACCACUACAACUGCAAUGCCUGGGAAACCAAGCAUAGAACCCACACGUGCAACGAAUGGAACAAACAGAACCGAUCCUAAGACGAGCAACGAGCCUACACAAACAAUUUUCGAGACAGACAAAGAAGAGCCACCAAACAUCAACUGCAUAGGACACAGUCGAAUACAGCUGCUAGCGCUCGCCGGCAAACAGAUGAUGAUGAUGAUAUACCACUCGUUAGCGU